AUGGAGGAGCACGUGUUUGGCGUUCAGCAAAUCCAGCCCAAUGUCAUCUCGGUCCGUCUGUUCAAGCGCAAGGUGGGGGGCCUGGGGUUCCUGGUGAAGGAGCGCAUCAGCAAGCCCCCCGUGAUCAUCUCCGACCUGAUUCGAGGCGGCGCCGCCGAGCAGAGCGGCCUCAUCCAGGCCGGCGACAUCAUUCUUGCCGUGAACGGCAGGCCCUUGGUGGACCUGAGCUACGACAGUGCCCUGGAAGUGCUCCGGGGUGUUGCCUCGGAGACCCACGUCGUCCUCAUCCUGAGGGGCCCCGAGGGCUUCACCACGCACCUGGAGACCACCUUCACCGGAGACGGCACCCCCAAGACCAUCCGGGUAACCCAGCCCCUGGGUGCCCCCACCAAAGCCGUCGAUCUAUCCCACCAGCCGCCGUCAGCCGGCAAAGAGCAGCCACGGCCAGUGGACGGGGCCACGGGGCCUGGCAGCUGGCCUCAGCCCGCCCAAGGUCAUGGGCAGGAAGCCGGCUCACCCUCCCGCGCCAAUGGCCUGGCCCCCAGAACGUCAAGCCAGGACCCUGCCAAGAAAAGUGGCCGGGCAGGCCUGCAAGGCAGUGGGGAUAAAAAUGAGCUCCUGAAGGAGAUCGAGCCCGUGCUGACCCUCCUCGCCGGUGGGAGCAAGGCAGUCGACGGAGGGGGCCCUGCCAAGGUGGAGACGAGAGACACAGGAGUCCAGGUGGACAGGGACCUGGAUGCCAAGUCCCACAAGCCUCUGCCUCUUGGCGUGGAGAACGACCGCGUCUUCAGUGACCUGUGGGGGAAGGGCAGCGCGCCUGUGGUCCUCAACAACCCCUAUUCAGAGAAGGAGCAGCCCCCUGCCUCGGGCAAGCAGUCCCCCACUAAGAAUGGCAGCCCCUCCAAGUGCCCCCGCUUCCUCAAGGUCAAGAACUGGGAGACAGACGUGGUUCUCACUGAUACCCUGCACCUUAAGAGCACCCUGGAAACCGGAUGCACCGAGCACAUAUGCAUGGGGUCCAUCAUGCUCCCCUCCCAGCACACACGGAGGCCGGAAGACAUCCGCACAAAAGAGCAGCUCUUCCCUCUUGCCAAAGAAUUCAUCGAUCAGUACUACUCCUCCAUUAAAAGAUUUGGCUCCAAAGCCCACAUGGAGAGACUGGAGGAGGUGAAUAAGGAGAUCGAAAGCACCAGCACCUACCAGCUCAAGGACACGGAGCUCAUCUACGGGGCCAAGCAUGCCUGGCGGAACGCCUCCCGCUGCGUCGGCAGGAUCCAGUGGUCCAAGCUGCAGGUGUUUGAUGCCCGCGACUGCACCACGGCUCACGGCAUGUUCAACUACAUCUGCAACCACAUCAAGUAUGCCACCAACAAAGGGAACCUCAGGUCGGCCAUCACCAUAUUUCCCCAGAGGACUGAUGGCAAGCAUGACUUCCGUGUCUGGAACUCUCAGCUCAUCCGCUAUGCCGGCUACAAGCAGCCCGAUGGCUCCACGCUGGGGGACCCAGCCAACGUGCAGUUCACAGAGAUCUGCAUACAGCAGGGCUGGAAGCCCCCGAGGAGCCGCUUCGAUGUCCUGCCGCUGCUGCUCCAAGCCAACGGCAAUGACCCUGAGCUCUUCCAGAUCCCGCCGGAACUGGUGCUGGAAGUGCCCAUCAGGCACCCCAAGUUCGAGUGGUUCAAGGACCUGGGACUGAAGUGGUACGGCCUCCCGGCUGUGUCCAACAUGCUCCUGGAGAUUGGCGGCCUGGAGUUCAGCGCCUGUCCCUUCAGCGGCUGGUACAUGGGCACGGAGAUCGGCGUCCGCGACUACUGCGACAACUCCCGCUACAACAUCCUGGAGGAAGUGGCCAAGAAGAUGAACUUGGACAUGAGGAAGACGUCCUCCCUGUGGAAGGACCAGGCGCUGGUGGAGAUCAACAUUGCCGUUCUCUACAGCUUCCAGAGCGACAAGGUGACCAUCGUGGACCACCACUCUGCCACUGAGUCCUUCAUUAAGCACAUGGAGAAUGAGUACCGCUGUCGGGGGGGCUGCCCCGCCGACUGGGUGUGGAUCGUGCCCCCCAUGUCGGGCAGUAUCACCCCUGUCUUCCACCAGGAGAUGCUCAACUACCGGCUCACCCCCUGCUUCGAAUACCAGCCCGAUCCUUGGAACACCCACGUCUGGAAAGGCACCAAUGGGACCCCCACGAAGCGGCGCGCCAUCGGCUUCAAGAAACUGGCAGAAGCCGUGAAGUUCUCAGCCAAGCUGAUGGGGCAGGCGAUGGCCAAGAGGGUCAAAGCGACAAUCCUCUAUGCCACUGAGACGGGCAAAUCGCAAGCCUAUGCCAAAACCCUGUGUGAGAUCUUCAAGCACGCCUUUGAUGCCAAGGUGAUGUCCAUGGAAGAAUAUGACAUUGUGCACCUGGAACACGAAACUCUGGUCCUGGUGGUGACCAGCACCUUUGGCAAUGGAGACCCCCCUGAGAACGGAGAGAAAUUCGGCUGCGCUUUGAUGGAAAUGAGGCACCCCAACUCUCUGCAGGAGGAGAGGAAGUACCCGGAACCCUUGCGUUUCUUUCCCCGUAAAGGGCCUUCCCUCCCCCAUGGUGACACUGAAGUCCACGGUCUGGCUGCAGCCCGUGACAGCCAGCGCAGGAGCUACAAGGUUCGCUUCAACAGCGUCUCCUCCUACUCGGACUCCCGUAAGUCAUCAGGCGAUGGGCCCGACGUCAGAGACCACUUUGAGAGCGCUGGACCGCUGGCCAACGUGAGGUUCUCCGUGUUCGGCCUGGGCUCACGGGCGUACCCUCACUUCUGCGCCUUCGGUCAUGCCGUGGACACCCUCCUGGAAGAGCUGGGAGGGGAGAGGAUCCUGAAGAUGAGAGAAGGAGACGAGCUCUGUGGGCAGGAAGAGGCCUUCAGGACCUGGGCCAAGAAGGUCUUCAAGGCGGCCUGUGAUGUGUUCUGCGUGGGGGAUGACGUCAAUAUUGAGAAGGCGAACAAUUCCCUGAUCAGCAACGACCGCAGCUGGAAGAGGAACAAGUUCCGCCUCACCUAUGUGGCCGAAGCCCCUGGACUGACACAAGGCCUUUCCAGCGUCCACAAGAAGCGAGUCUCUGCCGCUCGGCUCCUUAGCCGUCAAAACCUCCAGAGCCCUAAAUCCAGCCGCUCCACCAUCUUCGUGCGUCUGCACACCAACGGGAGUCAGGAGCUGCAGUACCAGCCUGGGGACCACCUGGGGGUCUUCCCUGGCAACCACGAGGACCUCGUGAACGCCCUCAUCGAGCGGCUGGAAGACGCGCCCCCUGCCAACCAGAUGGUCAAAGUGGAGCUCCUGGAAGAGCGGAACACGGCUUUGGGCGUCAUCAGUAACUGGAAAGACGAGCCCCGCCUGCCGCCCUGCACGGUCUUCCAGGCCUUCAAGUACUACCUGGACAUCACCACGCCACCCACGCCCCUGCAGCUGCAGCAGUUUGCCUCCCUGGCCAGCAACGAGAAAGAGAAGCAACGCCUGUUGGUCCUCAGCAAGGGUCUGCAGGAGUACGAGGAGUGGAAAUGGGGCAAGAACCCCACCAUCGUGGAGGUGCUGGAGGAGUUCCCAUCCAUCCAGAUGCCGGCCACCCUGCUGCUCACCCAGCUGUCCCUGCUGCAGCCACGCUACUACUCCAUCAGCUCCUCCCCAGACAUGUACCCCGACGAGGUGCACCUCACCGUGGCCAUUGUCUCCUACCACACCCGAGAUGGAGAAGGACCAAUUCACCACGGUGUGUGCUCUUCUUGGCUCAACCGGAUACCUGCUGACGAGGUGGUGCCCUGCUUUGUGAGAGGCGCGCCCAGCUUCCGCCUGCCCCGGAACCCCCAAGUCCCCUGCAUCCUAGUGGGGCCGGGCACCGGCAUCGCACCUUUCCGGAGCUUCUGGCAACAGCGGCAGUUUGACAUCCAGCACAAAGGAAUGAGCCCCUGCCCCAUGGUCCUGGUGUUCGGGUGCCGGCAGUCCAAGAUCGAUCACAUCUACAGGGAGGAGGCGCUCCAGGCCAAGAACAAGGGCGUCUUCAGAGAGCUGUACACGGCCUACUCCCGGGAGCCCGACAAGCCGAAGAAGUACGUGCAGGACAUCCUGCAGGAGCAACUGGCGGAGCAGGUGUACCGGGCGCUCAAGGAGCAGGGCGGCCACAUCUACGUGUGCGGGGACGUGACCAUGGCCGCCGACGUGCUCAAAGCCGUGCAGCGCAUCAUGGCUCAGCAGGGGAAGCUCUCGGCCGAGGACGCUGGCGUGUUCAUCAGCAGGCUGAGGGAUGACAACCGGUACCACGAGGAUAUUUUCGGAGUCACCCUGCGGACGUACGAAGUGACCAACCGCCUUAGAUCUGAGUCCAUCGCCUUCAUCGAGGAGAGCAAAAAAGACACCGACGAGUAA